AUGCCCAAAGGCAUUAAGGGUGUGGAGGAGGCACCGCUGCAGACAAAGGCGGCCCCCACCCCGCCGCCGGCAGCGCCACGCAAGCACUCACCGCGCCACGCGGACUCCUGGGACUCUGGGACGCAGCGGAGUGCAAUCCAGUCGCCGCCGCCGCCGCGAGGCCGGGCCUCAAUGGUGGCCCGGGGCGGCCCAGGAGUCCGAGAGGCGGGGCGGCUGGAGGAAGCCGCGGGCCCGGAAAGACUGCGGGGCUGCGCCCCACAGGGCUGCGUUUGCACCAAAACUGUGAAGAACGUGGGCCAGAUCAUCAUUGAGAAGUACCACACAUUCCUGGGCAACAACUUCCUCAUCAACAAGGGUGUGUGUGAGGAGAUCACCAUAAUUCCUAGUAAGAAGCUCCGCAACAAGAUAGCAGCCUGUGUCAUACAUCUGAUGAAUCGUCUUCAGAGCUCUGGGUUUGUCAAGUCGCCCAUGUCAGAAACUAAGCUCACGGGGGACGCCUUUGAGCUGUACUGUGACGUGGUCGGGAGCCCCACGCCAGAGAUCCAGUGGUGGUACGCAGAAGUCAACCGGGCAGAGUCUUUCAGACAACUGUGGGACGGUGCUCGGAAGCGCCGUGUCACCGUAAACACCGCCUACGGGUCAAACGGCGUGAGUGUGCUGAGAAUAACCCGGCUCACCUUGGAGGACUCUGGGACUUACGAGUGCAGGGCCAGCAACGACCCCAAGAGGAAUGACUUGAGGCAAAACCCCUCCAUAACAUGGAUUCGAGCCCAGGCCACCAUAAGCGUCCUUCAGAAGCCCAGGAUUGUCACCAGUGAAGAGGUCAAUAUCCGGGAAAGCCCUGCCCUCCCCAUCACCCUGCAGUGUAACCUCACCUCCAGCUCUCAUACCCUUACAUACAGCUACUGGACAAAGAAUGGGGUAGAAUUGACAGCCACUCGUAAGAAUGCCAGCAACAUGGAAUACAGGAUCACUAAGCCGAGAGCUGAGGAUUCAGGCGAAUACCACUGCGUAUAUUACUUUGAAAGUGCUACUGCUAAAGCAAAUGCCACUAUUGAAGUCAAAGCUGCUCCUGACAUCACUGGCCAUAAACGAAGCGAGAACAAGAAUGAAGGGCAGGAUGCCAUGAUGUACUGCAAGUCAGUUGGUUACCCUCACCCAGAGUGGGUAUGGCAAAAGAAGGGGCCCGGUGGAGUCUUGGACAUUAGCAAUACCUCUGGCCGCUUCUUCAUCAUCAACAAGGAAAAUUACACUGAGUUGAACAUUGUGAACCUCCAGAUCACAGAAGACCCCGGCGAAUACCAGUGUAAUGCUACCAACCCCAUUGGCUCCAAUUCUGUCGUAACCAUCCUCAGGGUGCGGAGCCACCUGGCCCCACUCUGGCCUUUCUUGGGAAUUCUGGCGGAAAUCAUCGUCCUAGUGGUGAUCAUUGUUGUGUACGAGAAGAGGAAGAGGCCAGAUGAAGUUCCUGAUGACGAUGAACCAGCUGGGCCAAUGAAAACCAACUCCACCAACAAUCACAAAGAUAAAAACUUGCGCCAGAGAAACACGAAUUAA